AUGAAGUUUUACUACCAGGUCCUCACGACGCCGACGGGCGAUACCCCCGGCACGACACUGCUGCUGCAUUUCCCGGAUAAGCGGUACUUCUUCGGACAUCUAUCGGAAGGUACGCAGCGGGCGUGUACGGAGCGUGGCGUCAAACUCACCUACCUAACCGAUGCAUUCCUGACCGGCCGUACGGAAUGGGCGAACAACGGCGGUUUAAUCGGCACAAUCCUGACCCAGGCAGACGGCCUUAUCAACUCGAAUCUGGCGCUGGAGACCGCCGCGCAGGCGAAAGGGUUGACGGCUGAGCAGACGAAGCAUGGUGUUCCAUAUGCGGAGAAGGAUGGACAGGUUGUGGCGCAGAGGGGCAGUUUGACGAUUCAUGGCGGACGGAAUAUCACGCAUAGUCUGGCGACUGCUAGGCGGUUUGUGUUCCGGAAGGGGAUGCCGGUUUUUAUGAGGGAGUAUGAUUCGGAGACGUUGGGGAAGAGGAAGCCUGUGGCGAACGGGGAUGCGUUUGAAGAACCGUCGUGGUUUGAUAAUAACAUUAAGGUGUGGGCUAUGCCUGUUAGUUCUUCGCCGUCGUGGCAGGAUGGUUGUGAGACUUUGCAGAGUGGUCAGCAGAGUCCUAGGAAGAGGAGCCUGGAUGAGUUUCAGGAGAAAGAGGAUGGCGUUGAUAUGCGUGACCGGCGGCUCAGGGAGCAGAUCAUGAGGCAGUCUGUUGUCACUGAUAUGUUCAACUCGUCGUGGAGGAUGGAUGCGCUCAUUGAGACCCCUCUGGCCGAGGUGAAGAUGCCUGCGUCCAUGUUCAUUCGCAAUCCCGAGACCAAGCAACUCGAGCAGUAUAUGGGUCCUGCUCCGGGAAGUGACCAGCCACUCCCCAACAUCAAGGUUCUCGUACGCCAACCUUGGCCGGGCGCGACAGUUGAGAAACUACCCCCGACUACCUGGUGCGACGAGGCUCUUUCGUACGUCGUGCGGAAUCACGAUGUCCGUGGCAAGUUCGACCCUAAGAAAGCCGAAGCGCUGAAGAUCCGCAAAGGUCCCGAUUAUGCUCGUCUGACCAAGGGCGAAAGCGUCGUAUCUAUGGGUGGAAAGACCGUCACACCGGAGAUGGUUCUGGGACCCCCGCGACCUGGCAAGGGGUUGGCAAUCAUUGACUUGCCAUCGGUGGAAUAUGUCGAGAACCUGGUUAACCGCCCAGAGUGGAAUUCGCCAGCUGUGACGACAGAUCUGGAGGCUUUCCUUUGGAUCCUGGGACCUGGUGUGGGCGAUCAUCCCAAGCUGCGUGAGUUUGUUGAGAAGAGGCCAAACGCCAAGCACAUCGUCUCCAGUACGGAUUACUGCCCGAACUACCUUGCCCUGCCUAGUGUUGCGGGAUCGUCGAUCCGUCUGGCUCGCUUGAAGGGUGAUAGUUAUUCGAUUCCUUUCCAUGAUAACGUGACGCUUCCGCAGCCAGGAACACCAACACAUGGAUCGGAGGUUACGAAGCAGGGCAUUCAGUCCUCGCCGUUCGAACCAUCAGAGCCGGGUCUCGUUAUUGGCAUGGAACCCAAGUUCGAAGUUAAUCGUUCCGAGGUCAUGCAAAGACUCAACCCAGCGGAAGUGGUAGAUAAAAUUCCCCGUGCGGUCGAGAAACGAGUCGACACGAUCCGCAAGCGCAUGAAGAAGCAGGAAUUCCUGAAUAAGUUGGAGAAUGUCCGGAAAGAUCUCCCUGGACAGGAUGUGGAGAUUAUCGCGUUGGGAACUGGUUCUUCCGCACCAUCAAAAUACCGCAACGUCUCUGCUACGCUACUCAAGGUUCCUGGAUACGGUUAUUACAUGCUGGACUGUGGUGAGAACACUCUUGGACAGCUGAAGCGUGUUUAUAACCCUGAGGAAUUGCGGGAGGUGCUGCGCAACUUGCGCAUGAUCUGGAUUUCCCACCUUCACGCCGAUCAUCACUUGGGUACUGCGUCUCUCAUCAAGGCUUGGUACAAAGAGAACUACCCCGAAGGCGUACCCUCACAGGGACAAUACAUCGAAGACGAUGUCAGCAAGAUCCUGGAGGAAAAGCGCCUAUUCGUUCUAUCCGAGGAAAGCAUGAUUAGCUGGCUGGAAGAAUACGCAGCUGUUGAAGACUACGGAUUUUCGAAGACAGUUCCUCUCUCAGCAUAUCCAUACAUGGACGGAAACAAGCGUAUACUCACUAGCUUCGUCUACCGCCAUACUCGCGCCGAUGGCAGCUACCCUGGCCAGAUACGGGAUGUUGGCAAACCUUCAAACACCCUUCUCCGCUUCGACAACGACAAUUCCCCCCUUACAGCUCAACUCCGCGCCGCGACGGGUCUUCAAGACUUCCGCACCACGAGAGUAUCCCACUGCCGCGGCGCAAUGGCUGCCUCGCUUAUUUUCCCGGAUGGCUUCCAAGUCUCGUUCUCGGGUGACUGUCGACCAUCGCAAUCAUUCGCCGAGAUUGGAAAGGGCUCUACAGUCCUCAUCCACGAAGCCACUUUCCAAGAUGACAUGUACCAAUCCGCCAUGGCGAAGCGCCACUCGACCACCUCCGAAGCCCUCGAAGUUGGCCGCCGCAUGGAGGCACGGACUAUCCUGCUUACGCACUUCAGCCAACGAUACCAGAAGGUUGCCUAUGUGGACCAGAAAACAGGCACCGUCAAGCACGAAGAAGCCCAAGAUACCCCCGCCGACGCAGAUGCAGGCGAAGAACCCGAAACCCUACAAGACGACACUUCAUCCACAGUUCCUAAAUCCUUCAAGGAUGUCAUCACCCUCCGCCGUCCCAACCAGCAUACCUCGCCCUCCACCCGUUCAUCAGUCCUAGACCGCACACCUACAACAGCCGUGUUUGAUUACAUGCGCGUGCGUGUGGGUGAUAUUCCCAUCGCUCAAGCCUACGCCCCCGCGCUUGAGAAAUUGUUUGAUAUCCUUGAGCGCGCGUCUACUGAGGAGGCGAACCAAGCAAAGAAAGAGCGGGAGGAACAGAAGCCGAUCGAUUCGAAGCGUGGGAAGAAGAAGGCUGAACGACAGGCGCUUGCUCAGGGUAAGCAGCUGCCCGUGCAGGAAGUUCCUGCUGUGGAUGCGGAGACUGGGCCUAGCGUUUGGAGUGCGGAUGAGAGUGAGAGUGGGUGGAGUACUAGUGAGCCGGAGGAUGACAAGUGA